UGACUAGGACUGGAUUGUGUGCAAAGAGCAUAAUAUUUAUAAUCACUACGUAUUGUGUGUAUGACGUGCGUGUGAGCAGACGUUGCAGCUAAAAUAACGCAAAUUAUUAUUAUCAGUGUUUGCGCUAUCCAAACCUCAGGAAACAGUGGCUGUAAUGCUAGUGCUCUUGCACUGAAUACUACAAUACAUGGUUGUGAUAAAAUCGGGAAAUGCAAUGAAAUAAUUGUAAACUGAAGCCCUAUAAUACAAAAAAUGGCACCUCCAAAUCCUUCUCUACUCAGCUAUGAGACCCUCGUGCAUGCCCUGGCUGGGGCUACGGGAAGUGUUGCAAGUAUGGCUGCAUUUUACCCACUAGAUACACUGAGGUCAAGGUUACAAGUUGAAGACUCCAAUAAGUAUCAAGGUUCUUCUUCAUGGGAACUACUCAUAAAACUCGCAAAUGAGGAAGGUAUUGAUUCUUUGUACAGAGGACUAGCACCCGUACUGCAGUCUCUUUCUAUUUCCAAUUUUGUAUAUUUCUACACAUUCCAUGCUUUGCGUAGAACUGCAUCUACAAACUCGUCAGCAAUACAAGAUCUAAUGUAUGGGAUUACAGCAGGUAGUAUCAAUGUACUUAUUACUUCACCCCUAUGGGUUGUAAAUACAAGAAUGAAGUUGGAAAAUAAUACUUACAACAGCUUAUUUGAAGGUCUGAUCACACUCUUUAAGAAAGAAGGAGUGAAAGGUCUGUGGUCAGGUACUGUUCCUUCAUUGUUGUUGGUCUCAAACCCGGCCAUUCAGUUCAUGGUGUAUGAGGCCUUGAAAAGGCACCUUGUGUCAACUGGGCAUUUCAAGAGCUAUUACGCUGCUUUCCUGGUGGGUGCGUUUGCUAAAGCCAUUGCAACAACAGUCACAUACCCUCUGCAACUGGUGCAGAUGAGGCUGCGCUCCGGAACAAGCAUGAAGCCUCUGUUCAAAGAUGUAAAAUCAAACCCAUGGCUCAUGUUCCGUGGUCUUGAAGCUAAAUUACUACAAACAGUAAUGACAGCUGCAUUGAUGUUUCUUAUUUACGAGAAGCUUGUGAAGUUAGUGUUUAGCAUAAUGAGAGUGAGAGCUAAACACAGCUAAGCAACUUAAUUGCUCAGAUGUAAAUGGUAAUUUGGUGAUAGUUUUAAAUGUUAUUAUUAUUUAUGAGCCUUGUGUCUCACUGCUAGGCAAAGGCCUCCCUUUUUGUUUUCAAAAGUGGUACCUUUUGUCUAAGAACGCUAAAUUCAUAAAGGUAAUAUAUUUUGGUGUUUAUAGGUACAGUAUUAUGUUCCUUGCUUUAACUUAAACUAUUUUAAAUAGUCAAUUAAGAUUUUUUAACAAUCUUGCUCACAUAUGAUGACAUGAUAAAAGCGCAGCCAUUAUAGACCUGCUGAAUUAUAUAACUUUCUACUUAUCCACAUCUAAAAACGAAAAUAGAUCUUACAAAGCUUACUAAACGUAUUUAUAAGAAUUAACACUUUCCACACCCAAAAAAUAAGUGGUUAUGUUGCCCUUGAAAUGAUAAGAACAAUUUUUUAAUUUAUGAAUAUUGUAAUUUAUUUCAAGUACUAUUAAAAAACAUAUAUAUAUAUAUAUAUUGUUUACAAUAAUAAAUAUUAAGAAAUGUCACGCCUCGUUCGCUCUUAUUGCGCAGGACAUAAUAGUACAUUUCGAUGCUAGUGCGGAAAGUAUGUCAUGACUUCACGAGCACCGAGACCCGAGAUAUGUAGCGCGAGCACGAGCCGUAGGCGAGUGGCAAAACUCGGGACGAGUGAAGAGUGAAGAAUGACAUUUCCGCACGUGUAUCGAACGACGUUUUUUAAUACAGUUGCGAAAAAAUAAGAAAAGCAACAGGUAAGGAAUGGAAUUCGGAACUUUUAUAUUAUUAAUUCUAUGACAUCAUUGACAUUAUGAAGAGGUGUUUUUCUUCUAGCUUUUAUUCGACUAGAAUAGAUUUUUCCCCUCACUAGCUCGGAAAGCCGUCUUUUAUCCUUUAAAACAAGCGGGGAAAAACGCAUUUUAUCCACUAGUGGGGAAAGUAAUUUGACCUUGGAUGGAGCGUGUUUAAGUAGCUUGACAGAUAACAAAACGUAAAACGCUCAUAAUAAUGGUUCGUUCGAUAUUAAUUAUCAUUAAAUAAAUGGUUUGAGAAUCUAAUAAAAAAUACCAGAUUUAGCCAUAUUUAAUGAUUUUAAUUCAUAAACCUUAAAAUUCCAUAAUAAACGUUUGAUUUUAAUAAUCAUGUUAAAUGUAAUUCUGAACGCACAAGUUAAGUCGAUGCAAUUUCAAAACGCAUCAUUGACAUUUCAUACGUCAGAAAUGUCAACAUUGUCAACAAAAUUUUUACUUAAUAACUUCCCACGUAAAAGAAUUUCCAGAGUUUUUUGUUAUUAUAUCGUAAAAAAAUGAGUGAUUCCAGUUGAUGAAGAUGAUCUAACGCGUGUGGAUGUUGCACUUUCCUCGCUAUAGUGAGGGGAAAAGUUUUGUGUUACACACGGGUGCAAAUGUAUUUUACUUCUCGUGUGUUAAAACACUCGCGGGUAAAAUACAACUUUGCACCCUUGUAUAACAAAUAACUAUUGUUAUUAUUAUUGAACCCACUUCAAUGAAAGUUUCUUUUUCAAAUGCAUGUUCUAUAAGACAGAAACAAUUGUAAAUAUUAAAACAUUGUACUAUUAUUACCUAAAUAUCGUUAUUUACGAUUAUUAGUGUAUCGUAUAUUUAUAAAAACAAUAUCUAAUGUUGCCUUUGGAAACUUAAAACAUUCUUGCAGUAAGAAAAUACACCUCUUCUUUGACAGGCAUUCCGUUCCAUUCAGACAACUUAUUAAGAACGGUUUUUCAACAUUAAAAAAUAAACGUGUAAAAAAUAAUACUUAUAAUGAUGAAGAGGUAAGUAAUAAAAUAUGAAAUAUGCAUAUUUUUCCUAUUCUUACAUUAACAAUAGGUUUUUAUGUUGAUUACGACGUUUAAAGGAAACUAAUAUUAACACUCAUCAAUAAGUAGUCAUGAAUUGGAACAAGUAAAAAUUUAAAAAAAUUUGAAAGUAAAAAGCACUAGUUCGCGAAAACCAACUUUCCGCACGCUAAACAGCCACGAAAAGUAGCACUUUUUGAGCAACUGUAUUAAAAAGGUUUUUUUCUAUCGGCAUUUUCCAAUUCCUCGUCGACAUAUGUAAGGAGACCCUAAGGGUGCAUUUUUACAAUGGAUUUUUUGUCUUAUUUUUUUAUACUAAAAAGUAUGGUCCUGAGCUAAUCUCAUCCAGAAGUGACCCACAAUCUUCCGAAACAAUAAAUAAAUAAAUAUCAUAGGACAUUCACACAGAUUGACUAAGUAAGUCCCACGGUAAGCUGAAAUAGAAGAAUAUGAUAUAUGGAAUUAAAUAAAAGAGAAAUCAAACAUACACAAAUCUAUCUCUAAUUUCACCGCUUCGGUGUGCAGGACAUACGUGCUUAGCGUGCGUAGCGCUGUCACGCUCGGAACGGCGUGAAGAUCCGCAUCAGUGUAAUAACAUAACUAAACUAUAAAAUUGAUUGUUUAUUAGCUCAAAUCAAAAGUUCCAAACUAGAUAUGGGUUUGUGCUGGAGCGUGUAAUAAACCUACUUACGACGAUAAGUGCCUAUAACGAGUGAGUCGUGUCCAUAUUUAAGUAUGCGUUAAUAAACCGAAUAGUAAACGCAACUUAGUAAAGUUAAAUAUGUUGAUUAAACACAAAACGUGGCAUAAUAUGUCCUUGAAAAUAUUCGACUACUGUAUUUUAGCUUUUAUGACAAUAGUUUCGUGUACAUAAUUUUCAAUGUCAAUGUAUCUACAGCAAAUAGGUACCUACUAAGUGUUUUAGUCUAAGGUGCAGGUUGUGUAUCGUGUACCUACUCGCAAAUGCUAAAACGUGAUACAGUACCGCAUGCCUCUUCCAAUAAUAAUUCCAUGACAUUAUUCAUCUAAAUUAAUAGUAUUAGAAUCCGAAACUGGUUUAUAUUCCGAAACCGAUGGUUCGGUUUCGCUCUGAUUUCGGCCGAUACGUCAUGUUUUUAUGCCGAAACAGAAACUUCGGCUGGACACUACCGAAUACAGUUUCGGCGCGGCCGGAAGGUUAGGCAGUUUUUUGGACGCAACUGAACCUGAGGCCGAAACAUGAUUUUUAUGCCAAAACCGAAACUUCAGUCGGACACAAUAGGCCUGUAUUUGGGCAUUAUGUCGAAUAAUGUACUUGUUUUGUUGUCUGAAAAGUGACAAUUGUAAAGUGCUUGCAUAUUAUAUAUUAUAGUUGGUCAAGCAAAUCUUGUCAGUAGAAAAAGGCGCGAAAUUCAAACUUUCUAUGGGACGACAUCUCUUCGCGCCUACAUUUGUUAAAUUUGCUUGACCAACUAUAUUAUAUUUUUGUAAAAUUAUAUUUAAUUUCAGGGUGUUCAUAAUUUAUUUUUAAGGUGAAGGUUGGUGGUUGUUAAGUUGAAGGCUACAUGACAUUAAAAUAAUAUGCAUUCUGAA